AUGGAGCAACACAGUGCUUCAAAAAAGGGAGGUACUAUACUGGUGUUUCUGACCGUAAUUGCUCUCCCCCAUGUCGGGGCAGCUCCCCGACCGAUCAUAUCAUCAUGCCCUGGGUGUAGCGGAACUCACCGGCAAGAAUCAAGACUGACCUCGAAAAGAAAUACAUUAUCAUCGCUCUCCACCUUGCCUUCUUCAGCCUCCGCAUCGUCGUCCGUGUCGUAUUCUUCGGCGACGGCUCCACUGUUAACGACGGCGCCUUCGCCACCAUUAGCCAGCAGUGUUGACGGGGAGGAGCCUGGUACGAACUACCCAACUCAGUCCCAAGCACGAUGGAGGGCAGAACAAAUCAAACUUGUUCAAGAUGAGAUUCUUAGGAAGUUAGACAUGGUGAGGCCUCCAACUCUUGAAGAAAUAGCACGUGUCAACAUGUCAGAUGCUCGUAUGCAAGAAAUGUAUCAACGGUAUUAUGAGUCCGUACAAGAAGCGUCAAGUAUCAGACAUCUUUCGCCAGCCUACCGUGAAGAAAUACACAGCUUCAGAAGUACAGAUGGCCCUCCAACCAACAUUACAUUUUUCGAUUGGUUCUCUCCUCGGAAGCUUCGCAUCUAUCUACCCGUGCAGUUUCCACAAAACACGCCUCGAACAGUUCAUAAUGCAACCUUGUAUCUCUUCAUCACACCUCCUGGUAUAACCGGAGAGGAGACUACGGCUGUUGUUCGGAUAUACCAGCUACUAUCUCCAACUCGGAUAGGAGUCAAUACGCCUCGAAGAUUUGUCACCAGCAAGGAAGUCUCGCUCACGGAUUCGAACUGGGUGUCGUUUCCUAUCAGCGAGGCUGUGUCGAUGUGGGUUUCAGACCCGACCACGAACCAUGGAUUAGAAGUUGAAUGUGAUUUGGUACUCACGACGCAUCUCUUUGUAAGUGGAUAUACAAAUGGUCGCGUUCCAGCUGAGCGAACGGACCAGGAAGACCUUCGGCCCCGUGUUGACAUCACUCUUCGACAAGGUGUACAUGUACCACAUCGACGACGACGGAGGUCUCAUCGUCAUAAUGAGAUGGUUGAUGCAGAACCGGAGUGUGGACAGUAUCAGCAGAGUGAAGAGUGUUGCAAACGACGUAACUUGACGAUAUCCUUCAGGGAACUUGGAUUUAACUGGAUUCUGGCGCCGUUAGAAUACAACGCGCAUUUUUGUGGCGGGGAAUGCACCGAGCUUUUCAAUAUGGCGGACACACACGCCCUCAUCCGGGCUCUUAUACGGAUAGAAUCUCCAAGGUCUUUGCCACGCCCUUGUUGCACACCGUCCAAACUGGGCUCACUUCCCGUACUUUACCUCCAUCAGUUGGAUGGUGACAAAACGGAAGCGAGGCUGUAUGCUUUACCAGAUAUGGUUGUCGAUAGCUGUGGUUGUUCAUGACAGCUCAGUAUUCCGUCAACUAUUUAAAAUAUUAUAACUGUAAAAUAGCUUCAUUAUAUCUAAAGAUCACCGGUAACUCUGUGAAAGCUUGUUCUUAAUGUCUGAAUAGACGUAGGUUAACUGCUAUCAUCGUUUACAAAAGAUUACCCAAUAAUUAAUGCACUUCAUCAUAAAAAAAAGAGUAACCCGAGAACUAGAUUUACUCCUUUGUGUAUUAAACUGACAAUUAGUAUCCCAUGAGAUGGCUUUACGAGUUAACAUCAUAAUCUUACUAGACUUUUCAAUCUCCUGAACACGUAUAAUCAUAAACAUUUCUUUAUUAUACAAGCUUCCACAGAGUAACCGAUCUUCUUUUCACUAUUUAUUGAUAACAUUAUUAAAAUAAAAUAUUAAUGUGCACAAAAUAUUAAUGUACACACAAUGUCAAGUUACUCAAGUAGUGAAUUAUAUCGAUCUAAAGAGAAUAUUGAAAUGUAUAUACCCCUAUUGGGAGUGACUAUAAACAUGAUACAUGGGUCGAAAAGCUUUUUUCGUUACGUUCGUUCCUUGAACGUGAGCAUGUGUAUCGUAUUGCGUAGGCUUUUAAUAAUCCUGUUUGACUUUUUAUAAAAUGUAAUGGAGCAGGAUAGAGACAAAAAAGUGAGGAAAAUCUAUUUUGUAAAAAUCGGGUUUUCAUUGAUCACAAUCAGUUAACCAUUUCAAUCGGAUUGAUAUAAUAGAUUUUAGAUGAAGUGAUUCCAUCUCUUACCAUAACUACAAUUACGCGUGCCUUUUAAAUGUCAAGUCCACCCCCACACAUAAGUUGAGUUGAAUGGAUAUAAAAUAAUGAAACAAGCAUUGGACUGAGAAAAAAAAAUAAGGACUGGACGUAAGAAAUAUAUGACAGAGGAAUUUAUAAAUCAGUAAAUGAUGACUGAAUCACCACAAGAUUUGUCUUGGGGUGCUGAGUAUGUUAUACACCAUACCCUGGAAAUUACGUUGUCAUGCUCCUAAAAUGUAGAAACUUGAACAAAAUCCCCUUUUUUGCUUGCUUGUCAUUUUUUCGACCAAAAUCAUCUUUAUUUAUAAGAUUGAUAACUUUUUU